AUGCCGGAUGAUGAAAAGGACAUGGGACAACUAUGGUCUGCACCAGGCUCUAUUUUAUCCAAGGUGAAUAAGCAAAUCAAAGAAAAAAGUCACAGUCGACUGUAUGCUGUGAUAAAAUUUGGUGAAAGAAAAUUCAAAAUUACUGCGGAAGACAUAAUUUCAAUAGGAUCAUAUUUUCCUGCUGAAGUUGGUGAUAGAAUUUGUUUGGAAAAGAUAUUGGCCAUUGGUAGUAAAGAUUUCACACUUUUGGGGCGACCUGUGCUUAGCAAAGAUUUAGUAAGGAUUGAAGCUACAGUAAUUGAAAAAACUCAUAUAGUUCCAAGACCACUUUUUCGGCAUGGUCUGCAUUACAGGAGGCUUCACUGGUUCCGAACUCCAUAUGUUUUAAUUCGGAUUAAUAGCAUCGAGUUUACCCAUUCUUUGGACACCUUACCAACUGAAGAAAAUGUACAAAAUAGAGUGAUAUAUUAACUUGUAUUUUCAUUAUUUAGCAUUAACACUAAUAAAUUUACCC